AGGACUACAAUCAAAUUACCUAAGAGCAUAAGGUUGUUAUGUAAUGGGCCAGCGCAUUACUCAUUUCACUCUUCAUUCCGCCGUUGCAACUGCAGUGAGUCAGUUCAGUCGAAAUUUUACGAUUAUGCUCCGUUGUGUUUUUAAAUACUUGUGAAUAUUUACUUUUAAAUACUUAAAGAACUGUUGAAGAGUGUAUAUAUUUAGAAUCAGUACCAUUAGUAACAGGAUUGUGACUUUACACAAAGUUAAAAUCUAACACGUGAAUUGUUAAAGACAAAGAUUAAAGUUGCAUAUUUGACCAUGAAACCAAUUGCAACCUACGUAUUUUUCGAUCUCGGAACCACCGGACUCCGCGACCCUAAAAUAAGAGAGCUACAUAUGAUAGCAGUGAGAUGCGAAGAUCUCCGAAAAUAUUUUCGCGAAGGCGAAGAACAUUUUUUGGCGAAACCUCCAGCGCAAAAACUUCACUGCCGAAUUGUAAGUGACCUGUUGUUUUUUAUAAAUCAAAAAUGGUAUGGUUACGAGGAAAAUAGCCUGAAGGAAGAAACGGCCCGUUUUCUGGAAGACUUGGAAAAACCUGUGUGUCUGAUCGCCCACAACGGGAAUAAAUUCGAUUUUCCCUUAUUGAAAGAGGAGCUUGCUGAUAUUGAAAUUGAAUCAAAAUACAUUGUUUGUGCGGAUUCGAUGCAUGCUUUCUAUGAUAUUUUUGAACCGGAUUCCGAUAAGACUACUUAUAGACAAAGAAGAGAAGGGUCUUUUCCAUGGCCUGAGUAUCAUUUUGAUAAAAUGAGUUAUCGUUUAGAAGAUGUGUAUAAGAGAGUGUUUGGAUUCAAGCAUAUGUUCGAAAAUGCUAAGGAUCGCAACAUAGCGUUGGCAAAGAUUGCUUUGAAUCAAGGUUUUGAGUUUAUGCUCUGGGUGGCUGAAAACUACAGACCAUUGAGUUCUUUUUAGGAGACCGCAGCAAGAAUAGUUCCCCAUGCAAAUUAUCGUAUUUCAAAACAAUUAAAUUACUCUAAAAGUUUCUACUUACUCCACACUUACUCGUACGAAUCCUGUAAAUUCCUCCGACGGGCUGUCUUACAUUUUUAUGUAACUUUUGAAAAAUAAACAAUUUGUAAUUGUU